GGGUUUUAGUUUUACAAAUAAAUACCCACUUAUUAAUAUUAUCCCCACUUCAUUCUCUUCUAUUAAACCAACCUCUCUUAACAUGUGUGCUUUUAUGGAGACUCAUAGAAGCCCUCUUCUUGGCUGGCCUUACUACUACCAAGGCAAGAACAUGGAAGAAUUGAAGCAUUCAUUAGUAUGCACAACAUUAGAGCUAGAAACAACAAGAUUAACAGCCCAAGAAGAGAUCAGAAAGAGGGAAGAACAACUAAAUCAUCUUCAAGAAUUACUAAAUAAAGCAAUUUCAGAAAGAGAUUUAGCAGAACAAAACUACAAAACCCUAUUUUUAGAAAAACUUAUUCUUCAACAACAAAUCAAACAAAACCCUAAUUUAAAUUCAGGAUCAUCUUCAUCCAUUGAAGAUGAACAACAACCCAUUACACAAUUACUUCAUACAAGUAAUUUAUCAUCAUCAGAUACUGAAGAAAGCAUGAUUUCAUCCCCAACAUCCCGGCCACAACCGCAACCGCAACCGCAACCAUCAAUAGCCUUGUCUGAAAGGGCUAUUAAGCUACUUUCCGGCAAGAAGCCAUUACCGGAAAAGGGUAAUUUCUUACAAGCUGUGAUAAAAGCGGGCCCACUUUUACAAACUUUGCUCUUAGCUGGGCCCCUUCCAGAAUGGAGACAUCCUCCUCCCCCAUUGGAGAGCUUUGAGAUUCCUCCAGUUGGGAUUGAUCAGGAUGAGAUGGUGAUUAAUGGGUCUAAUUUUUGUGGGAUUUUGAAUAGGAAAAGAGGGUUUUCUUGUGAUGUUUCUGAUGGGUGUUAUAAUGAGGGUAAUAAGUACCAAAGGGUACUUCUUCAUUGAUCAUAAUUUUUCCUAAUUGUAAUUUACUCUAAGAUAGUGUUUUUUUAAUCGGGUAAGAUCGGAGAAUCUUCUAUAUACGAGAGGAAAGGUGAAUCGAAGGUGAAAAUUGAAUCUUUUACGAGGGUAAAGCGGAAAACUUUUAACCAUUAGGCAAAUUUAUAAUUUUAUUAUAAUUUCCUAGUAGUUUAUAACUAGUCCAAUUAUGCUCCCUUUUAUUCAUUUUUAUUGUUCCAUUUAAUUUUUUUAUGCUAUUCACUUUUAAUUUGUAUUUUAUUUUUAAUAUAUAAGUUAAAAUAUAACCAAGUAGAAUUUUGUUUGA